AAACCUUCUUAUACAUAAUUAUAUUCCUUCAAAACUCAAAAAUAAAUAAAAAGAAACAACCCUUAUUUCCCCAGGCCACCACCCCUCCACGGCGGUCUAAGGCGGCUUCCCCCACCUUCCACCGCCGUGGCUGCCAUCUCACCACCGUUGUUUCCUCCCGUCUAACACUACAUUUAUACUUAAAUUAAUUCCACAUUAACAAUCCAUUUGAUCUUCAAUCUUCAAUUGAAUUAAUUGACCAUGAUUGAGGCAUCGGAGAUAGCCGAUCCCUCACCGGAGUCGUCGGCUCCUCCCUCGUCUGACGAGAGCGAGGAGCUGCAGCGGCUGGAGCACGCGCCGCCGUUCUGGCAGAACAAGCGGCGCCUGUCGAAGCAGCUGUCGAUGUGCGAGCUCCCACGCAACAUCGCGUGGGAGAGGCGGCGGCGGCGCCGGUUCGUCCAGCAGGAGCGGCGGAGGACCGAGGAUCUAACCGACGAGGACCUGCACGAGCUGAAGGGGUGCAUCGAGCUGGGGUUCGGGUUUGAUGAGGAGAACGGGCAGCGUCUCUGUAUGACGCUGCCCGCGCUCGACCUUUAUUUCGCGGUGAACCGGCAGUUCGUGACCAGCCCCAUCUCUAGCCCCGGCAGCAACGCCUCCGCGCCUAGCCCCGGGUCCGAAGGGCUCGGGACCCGAUCCUCCUCGUGCGGUAGCGAUUCUGAUUCGUGGAAGAUAUGCAACCCGGGUGAUGAUCCUCAGCAUGUGAAAACAAAGCUAAGGCAUUGGGCACUCGCCGUUGCUUGCUCUGUGAAGCAAUCCUCUUAAAAAGGGGUGAAUCAUUUACCAGAGAGAGAGAGGUGUGUGUGAGAGAGAAGCUUGCUGUGAUUAUCUAAAGAAGUAAGCUUUUUAGGUCAUCAUAUAUUGUGAAGUCAAUAAUUUCUUUAAAGAUUGGAACGACCAUAUUAUUUACAGUUACAUCAUGGUUAGACCCUUAGGCAAUUUUGUUCUCCAUAUAUUGUUUUACUUUUUUUUUCCAUAUUUUUAACAUGGAAAAAAACGUAAUCACACAAUGAAAAUUGGAGUAAUUUCAUAAGAAGUGGCCAGUUAUAAUAUGGGCAUAUAUAUUUUUGUAACAUGCCCAUUUCUAUCUACUAUUGUACGUUUUUGUACUACUAUUCCUUCUAUGUGAUGUGAGGAUUUCUCUUUUAUCAAAACAUUGUGUCCGUCAAAUUUGUAAAGAAUGGAUAAGUAGUUUAAUAUUUAAAAUGCUUAU